GGAAGUCUGACCAGUGGCCAUGAUGGUGUCAAACAGUCUGGUUGUGCUUUAUAUCACUGUAGGUGUCAAUUACUGUUGUUUUAUCAAUCCAUGUAACUUUGGCGAGUUUUGUGAGAAUGGGGGAACCUGUUCCUUGGGGGAAGACUGCGUCGCUGAUUGUAAAUGUAACCCUGGUUACGCGGGAAAAAGAUGCCAAACUUACAAUAACGGAUCCACCAAUGAAUGUGCUUCGUGUCUGAAAAACCAAACCUGCGCCCAGUCAAAAGAUAGUAAUAAUAGCUGGUCCUGUGUUACCAUGACAACUACGACAAUUUCUGUGGUAACAUCAGCUACAGUGGAUACCAAUGUUUCACGUGACGUUUGUUCCGUGGAUUAUGUAAACCGAACAAAGACAGACCGAACGUGCCUCAGUUUUGAGUGUGUCUAUGGGCUCUGCAAUAAGAGUUAUGAGUAUAUCGGGGGUACACAAAUGCUCACGGCUAAGUGCGUUUGUGACCCCGGGGCUACCGGGACAAAGUGUGAGUUUCAGUGUUGUUUAGACUGUGCCCAUGGAUUCUGUCAGUAUAGCAUUAGUGAAAAGAAAGCGUUCUGUAAUUGUGAUCCUCAAUAUAUGGGGGAGAAAUGUUCUGAACUUAGGCCAAGCAAAGACUUACAAACUUCGGAUCCGGACUGGAUAUGGUGGCUUGUCGGCGGUUGUAUUGUUGUUUUCCUCAUCUUUGUGUUAUUGCUGGUGGUAGUCCCGUAUUGUCUUUGGAAGAAGAGAGUUCUUGUGGUCAUGAAAAUCGCCUACUUCUUCCAGCCUUACGAAGACAACGAUGAUAAGGUCUGGGAUGCUUUUGUCUCCUACAAAUCUGCUGGUCCAGAUGAAGACUUUGUGUUGAACAAACUACAACCAGUUCUGGAGGAUCAGCUAGGAUUCCGUCUUUGUCUCCACUACAGGGAUUUUGUCAUAGGGGCGGCAAUAUUUGAAAACAUAAUUGAAGCAAUCAACAACAGCAGACGGACCAUUUUGGUUUUAUCUCCACGUUUUCUAAACAGUGAGUGGACGCGCUAUGAGUACCAGGUGGCUCUGCAGGAGAUGCUGAAGAAGAAGCACAGAAUCAUUCCCGUGAUAUUCGAGGACAUUUCUGAUGUCGAGGAUAUUGAUGAGACUCUGAAGCAAAUCUUGUCUUCUAUAACCUACAUCAAGUGGCCAGAGACGGAGAAGAAAGAAAAGCACUUCUGGAAAACUCUGCAGUUCUCUCUUCCAAAGAGGAGGAUGCAAACAAGCUCGGGUUCUGUCAGUACCGGGGUCAGCUCUAUAGAACCCCCGAGUCCAGUAGACAGUGAACCAACUAGUCUGUCCUCAACUGACAAAGUGAUAAAUAGUCCAUCAAAAGAUGUCAUUUCUGACAUCAGUGGUGUGAAUAUUGAGGUCAUCAACGACUCCUUCAUUUAUAAUAACAUAGCAUACGUAAAUAACAUUGAAAGAUCAAAAUCAAACACAGUGACUAACUCGAGUAAAGAUCAAAAUAUUCAGUAUAUGGGGGAAAAGCUAUGACAGUGUUGAGUAAUUGUACAAUAUUGUAUCCAUGGCGUUAAAUAUUGGUUAUUUUCAUUUAAAAGAAUUAAUUCACUGAUGAUAUACGCAGCGGGAAUAACUGAGAUUAUUUCUAAUUUAAUGAAAUAAUACAAGUAAGCUCCCUUCCUCUAGAUAUGACAUACGAAUUAUUUAGAAUACUAUCAUGAAAAGGCUUUAUAUCAUUUGCACGUAACUA